UUUGCGAAUCCCACCAUUUUCUGCUAGAGGACGGAGGACCAACCCAUGAUGUGCGCAGUACGCAUACCGAUCGUCGCUGCCUCCGCCUUCGCUACACACUCGAUCCUAAGGAGAACUUUUCAUGCAUUUGGAGCCUAUCGUCCGAUCGACAUCAACAACAAGAGGCUUUUUUUCAACAGAACCCUUCUCUCUGUUUCUCUCACAACUAGUCCGAGUCCCUCAGGAAUAUGUCAUGUAGCACAAGCUAUAAAGGGUGGUGAUGAUGUUUUACUCAACGGAGUUGGAGAGAGUGCCACUGAAGCUGUGAAGCAAAUAAUUGAAAAGGCAAACCGGGCGUCAUCAAGAAGAGAAGUUCUCCAUACAGAUUUUCUCACACCACCUGUACUGAAGGAGUCGAUGCUAGCAUUGGAAAAAUUAGCUGACACCGAAGCAGUCGUUCAAGGAGGAUACCCACAGGCUGAGCGCUGUCGCCUUUUGGUUGGACAUUCAGAAGCAUUGACAACUGUUCCAGAUAUAGUUGCAGCGAUGAGUAUCACGGGAAACUUUGGGUUUCAACCUUGUUCUCAUGGUGACUUCCUUGGCGCAAUUCUUCGUACAGGGAUUGCUAGGGAGAAGCUAGGAGACAUAAUCUUGCAGGGAGAAAAGGGUGCUCAAAUUCUUAUUGUUCCAGAACUUAUUGACUUUCUGACAUCAUCAUUGGACAAGGUUGGUAAUGUUCCGGUCUCAUGUAAAAGGAUACCACUACUUGCUAUUGUAUAUGAACCACCAAGGACAAAGUCUUUCAAAACUAUCGAAGCAUCAUUGAGGGUUGAUGCUAUUGCUAGUGCAGGAUUUAAAACUUCAAGAUCAAAAUUAGUUGAUUUGAUCAGAAAUGGGGAUGUGCGCGUCAAUUGGACCACGGUGACAAAAAAUAAUACCACAGUCAAGACUGGAGACAUCAUCUCGGUUAGUGGUAAAGGAAGACUGCAGAUAGGAGAGAUAAAUACGACGAAGAAGGGUAAGUUUGCGGUCGAGCUCCUUCGAUAUUUAUAGUCUCAGCGCGAGGUGCCAACUAAAGAUCAUUUUCAUCGAGUUUAAACAGUUGCUCCUGGCUGCCUUGCCUGUUUGUUCUCUCAGGCGCUGAUUUUUUUUUCCUCCCGGGGACAAAUUGGUUCUCAUAUAAGUUUAAAGCAAAUUUUCCAAGAAAGUUCAAGUAUUAAAGUGCUACUAUUUAACAUGAUAA